AUGAGGCCCGGAUAUGGAGCUGUGGGUUUGGUGACAAAAAAAGCUGUUUCAAGAAGGGUUUUACCAGCACAAGCAUGGGUUCUCGGAGCGAAAUUUGCUUCUACAUCUUCUUCUCCAAGCAAUCCGGAAUCGAAGACCGGAGUCGAGACUCCGGCUGCUUCGAAACCUGUUCCAGCGCCAGCAAAGGGGAAAAAGGAGAAGAAGCCACCGUUGUGGGAUAGAAUCAAACAUGAAUUGAAUCACUAUGUGAACGGUACGAAGCUUUUGGGGUAUGAGAUUAAGGUUUCGACGAAGCUUCUAAUCAAGUUCAUCCAAGGCUACGAGCUUUCGAGACGUGAGAAGAACCAAUUGAAGCGGACUAUGUCUGACGUGUUCCGUCUUGUUCCGUUUAGUGCGUUUUUGAUUAUUCCGUUCGCGGAAUUGCUGUUGCCCGUGGCGUUGAAGAUCUUCCCAAACCUAUUGCCUUCCACUUAUGAGAGCGGGAAGGAAAAGUCUUUGAAACGGACCAAGCUAAAUGAAAUCCGUGCCAAGACUUCGAACUUUAUACAAGAGACUCUAGAGGAGUCGUCUUUGAUCAGCUAUAACUCGCUAGAAUCGACGGAGAAGAAGAAGCAAUUCUUGAAUUUCUUCAAGAAGUUGAAUUCUCCAAAGGAUGGACGCGAGAACGUCUUUACUCACGAGGAGAUCCUUGCCGUUGCUAAGAUGUUCAAGAAUGACACUGUUCUAGAUAACUUGUCGAGACCUCAAUUGAUUGCCAUGGCCAAAUACAUGUCUUUGAGACCGUUCGGGAACGACAAUUUGCUUCGUUACCAGAUCCGUUUGAACUUGAAAAAUACCAUGGCUGAUGACAAAACCAUCGAUUACGAAGGUGUGGACUCAUUAUCGGACGAAGAGCUAUAUCAAGCUUGUGUUUCCAGAGGUAUCAAGACUUUCGGUGUCAGCAGAGACGUUCUCGUAGAGAAUCUAAAGGUUUGGUUGGAGCUAAGGUUGAGACAUCAAGUCCCCAGUGUGCUAUUGAUUUUGUCUAGUGCUUACACCUUUGGAGGAAUUCCUAAAGAACAAAAAGUGGACGCUUUCUCUACUGCGUCUAUUGAGAACAAGGUCGAAGACACCAAGUUCAACAACCUUUUGGACUUCUAUUACGACGGUAUCCUUCAAGUUCUCAGCAGCAUUCCCGAUCCGGUUUACAAUGUUGCCAAAUUGGACGUCUCAGAGAGCAAGAAAAGUACUAGUGACGUAAAGGAGGCCACUAAGGAACACCACAAAGAACCUUCAAUCGGCGAAUUGGCAAGCGAGGCCCUUGCCACCAGCAGUGCUUCAGCAGCAGCAGCAGCUACAGCAACAGCAACAGCUACCGCAUCUGCAGCUACCACACAUCUAUCAAAUGCUGCAUCAAGCGUUUCCGGUUCUCAUCCUUCUGUCGAACCGGAAGCUACAAAACCUUCUGCAGACCACGAUGUCAAGAAGGCUGAAACAUUGGAGCCAGGUGCCCAACCUUCCACCGAAGAACAAAAGAAUAUCCAAGGCGAGACCGAGGAAGAACCAGAGGAAACUGAAGAAUCCACAGCUACUGACGAUAAUGCAUUCAAGCUAAGCGUCUUGAAGGAACAAGAUGAGUUAAUCAAGAAGGAAGAAGAGGAAGCAAGACUCAGAUCUCAAAGAGAAGUCAUCAAAGAUGACAUUAGCUUAGAUGAGAAUGAAGAUGAAUCUUCGACACCAGACGAUGCAAAGUCCACAGAGGCUGAAAAGGAAAAGAACUCUGAGCAAAAAUAA